AUGGCCGUGGCGGUGAAUACGCCUGGAAAGGAUGAACUGGUGCAUCUGGUAAAGUUUGAUCCCGAGAGUGAACUGCACGUCGCGGAAUUGAAGCGUCAGAGGAUAGUGAGUCAGCUUUCAAGUUCCUCCACGUGAUUCCGGCGCGAUCGAGGAGGGGGUCAUAUUGAGAUCUCGUUUCAUAGUGAGGAGAUGCUGAUACUGGGUCGUGGGAAUUCUCAAAGAUUUGCGGUUGGAAUGAAGAUCUCGUCGAGGGGUGGUGCAACAAGGCUCGCCGAGGACUGAAGGUGCGUGGGAUGACUCUCAGGCAAAGAUUCAAGAACUGCAGUGGGAGGCUGGAGCCAGUAGAUCUCCGCCACGAUGUGCCGGAGCAAGAACCCGAAAGUCUGACGUUCUUCUCGUCGCUGAACAGGGUCUGGUAUGGGUUAUGAGGUCGUCGACGCCGGCCGCUCAGGCUUAUUUCGCCGCCAAGCCCCUGCCCGAACUCGAAAAGCUUAAUUUGACCAACGACCCCGAAGCUCGUUCCCCUCGGCCGAUCUCCGAGGACUUUAGGCCCAUUGGGCAUGCAUCUCUGGUGAGCUACAGGAGCUAUAUGCGCGAGAAUCCUACCCCCAAGCUGAUCCGACCGAUUCCGAACCCUUUCGUGCAUGCAGGACUGGGAAGACAUGCUAAACGAUGAGACGCUCGCUUCGAAAAAGCUCGGCAACAUCACCUUCACCUCCUUCUUCCUCCUCCUCUCGCAGCAAGGUCUCGGUCUUGGUUCGCUCGUGAUGGACCUCCUCGAAGCUAUGGCCAGAACACCUGAAUACGGCGCAAAGUACAUCACAUUGACGACGCUUGAUGGGGACCUCGCUCGUGAUCCGGCAUGGUGGGAAAGAACGUUGGGGCUGGCGUUCGAUCCGAGUAAACGCAUCAAUGAGGAUUGGUACGCGCGUCGUGGGUACGAAAUCUUGAGGAAGAAUGUGCCGAGGUACCCCGAGUUUCACAAAAAGACCGGUGAACAGGUCAUAUUGAACGCUGUGGUGGGUGGCAUCUCUUUCCCGGCCAUUAGGACGGCACACAAGCCGCUUCGGUAA